AUGACCUCAACGUCAAUGGAGGUUGACGAAGGCGUGACGCAGCUCGACGAGCAGGCCGUCUCGCCAACCACCAAGACGAGUCAGCCAGACGGACCUCAGUCUCCCGUGAUAAGCCCGACAGACACGCGUCGGAUGCCGUCCCUCGGUAUGCGCGCCGAUCCGGAUGCGCAGGCGACGGUAACCGACUACCUUGACUUCACCGAGUACCUGCCUUCCGACAUGAUGCGGUCUCUGACGCUCAUUGGCAAGCUCGACGAGACAUAUACAGAAGCCUCUCUCGCACUUCACGAGCUCACCAAGACGUGGGGUUCCCUGCCGACACUACCUGCGGAUCAGCGGCCUGCGCCGGUCAAGCUGCGCGCGGAUAUCUCCGAGAAUGCGCAGCGGGCCGUGGAUUCGCGCGUCUUCUCCCAUGCCGAGGCAUGUCGCAUGCGCGACAAUGUCAACCGGCACUACAACCGGGCCAAGACGAUCCUGGCGAAACUUCAGACGAUGCGCGAAAAUUAUCCGACUGCGGAGGACAUCAAGAGCCCGGUCCUGACGAGAUCACCCCAGGCGACUCGCGCGCCAAAGCUUACUUUCCGGGUGGACAGCAACGGCCAGAAAGUUCGCGGGCCGCCGCGCAUCACAGUGCCUGGAGAAGUUCUAGCUCCGUAUGAGAUCGACUUCAAUGUGUACAGCGACAGUGGAGACGACAGCAGCGACGAUGACAUGUCGCCGGGCAACAAGAUGAUGGGGGGUCCUCGGAUAAAGCUGGUCAAGACACCAAAAGUGCCCAAGCUCAAAGUACCAAAGCCACCAAGGCCACCACGGACGCCUCUGGCACCAGGACAGGUCGCUCCAAUGUCCACGAGCAGUGCGCUCGCCGCUCUAGAGCCGCCGCCACCAGACGCCGUUGUGGGAGGAGAGUAUGCCCCAUGGCUGCAAUUGACGCCGUACGAGCUCGCCAAGCUGCGAAAACGUAUGAAGAAGAAUGCAGUCUGGAACCCAUCGGAUACGAUGAUUGCCCGAGAACUCAAGCUACUGGGGCGCGGCGUGGAGGCGUACAAGGCCGCGCAAAAACACGCAGAGGACAACGGCCUGCCAUUUGAGGACGCCGUCCCUGCGACCGUUACGGAUGCCGAGUCUGGCACGCAACAUCCCGCUGCAGGUGCUAUCAGCGCCGAGACGCUCACUGCGGAUGAGAUCCAGUUGAGCAACCGGGGUAUGAAGCUUAACGAGGCCAAGAAGCUGAAACGUGAGGCUUUGGCGAAGAUGGCAGCAGAAGAAGCAGAGGAGUCCGCGAGAAAGAUGAAUGAAGCAGCACGCAUGUUCCUUGGCCCAGAGGGAUCACCGUCUGUUGCUGCCGCCGCCAAUGCAGCCGGCGACAAGGCUCUGGCAACCAAGAAGCGGAAGCGCGAUUCGACCUCAGAGGCUCCGACCGUGGAGAAGGCCGUCGAGACGCCCGAGACGCAGCAGUCGAGACCGCAGAUGAAGCGCACCAAGACCGAGACGCCUAUACCGCCCCCACAACUAUCGGCGAGACCGACUUCGACACCAAUACCCGUGCCGCACUUUGGCAAGCCCGCGGCGACGGUUUCUUCUACAAAGACUACUGGAGACGGUGCUGCUUCUGCCAUCAAGCCAGUAAACUCCGUUCGAAGCGUGACAAGUCCCGUGCCGCCGCCAUCGUUCACUACUACGCCCGCGGCGGAGUCACCCGUGGCCUCUACUGCUAAGCCUUCAACGACACCGAUACUGCCGCCUGUGCGCGAUAUGCCAAAGCGGGAAACGAGGCAGAAUAAUCUACAACCUACAACUAACAUAAGACAGACUACUUCAAGGCAGGUGACGCCAGUACCUGCUCCGCCUGCCUCGAUUGUUCCCAGCAACGCCGGGGCCGUGUCUGCUGCGCCGAACUCACGUGGCAAGGGCUCGAGCCAGGAGCCACCGAAUACACUUGUGGAUCGUCCGCGGCGAACCAGCACUGCCCGCAACACGCCAGCGCCCGAGCUGCGGCAAGCCAGCAAGCGCACCAAGAGGCCAGCCCCAGGCGUUGUUACUACCAACCCGGGCGGCACGAGCGCAGUAGGCAAGCGAAAAGCCGCACCACGAAAGAAGGCCCGUGGCGGCAGUGCCGCGAAGCGUGACAGGGGUUCUAACGGCGCCAGUGCCGGCCUCGGAUCCGAUGGCGCCGAGGCCGACGUGGAGAUUGACGACGACGGCAACGUGGUGGACCCGAACGAGCCACGGUACUGCCUGUGCAACCGCGUGAGCUUUGGCACGAUGAUACAGUGCGACAAUGUCGAUAACUGCAAGCAAGAAUGGUUUCACCUCGAGUGCGUUGGACUCACCGAGAUACCUGCCCGCACCACGAAAUGGUACUGUCCCGACUGUCGGGUCGCGCUAAAUAUUGGUGGAAAAGGGGAGGUCACGUCUCGUGGAGUGAGGACUUGA